AUGUCUCGCGAGCUUUCGCAGCGCCAUCCCGUGCGCCGGGUUAUCCAUCGCGGCAAAAUCAUCGCCUAUGACGAUUUGCCCGACCGCUUCAAAGCUCCCGAGGUGAUGGAACAGGCCGCCGAACCGGUCGAACCUGUCGAGCCUCCCAAGGCCAAGCGCGGCCUCCCCGGCAAGAAAGCCGAAACGCCCGCACCGACGCCGACGCCCACCCCGACGCCCGCACCGGCCGUUGGCUCGGGCGCUGAAACCACCGUGACCACGGGUGCCCCGGCCGCCGACCCGUUCUCAGUCGAGAGCGCCGCGACGCGCGGUGGCGAACAGCCGCCCGCCGCUGCCCCGGCCGCGACCGAACCGGCCCCCGCCGCGAACACCGAACAGGCCGCCCCGGCCGCCGAUGCUGGCGAAGCUGCCGAGCGCGCGAACGACGGCGGCGCCGAUGACGAAAAGCCCGCGACCGAACAGGCGCCGGGCGAAGCGGCACCCGCCGCAACCGAACCCGCGCCCGCUGCGAACACCGAACAGGCCGAACCGGCCCCCGCCGCAACGCCCGCGCCGACCCCGGCGCCUGCACCGGCCGUCGCCGCCGAGGCCCCGCGUCGUGGGCGUGGUCGCCCCAAGCGCCGCUAA